GCGCUUCUCAUAAGUCUUACAGGUUAGAGCGUUUGUAACAGUGACAACUUUAAAAUCAUUCUUCUGUCUUAACUAAAACAGUAAUGAUAACUUUUUAUUGUGCUACCUGCUUUAGUCGAGUAAGAAUUAACUCAAAAACGUCAAUUCGCCACCAAAUCAUCGAGGUCACAAUGUUUUACUUUUUUUUAAAGUUCUAGCUUUUUUGCGAGCAGCAUCUUUUUAAACCAAUUCCUGACUGAGCUCCAAGCACCUUUGCUAUCUCAUCAAUACACGGACGGAUGCGAACAAAAUGUUUAAUUAAAAGUACAAGAAUCAAUAUUACAACUCGUUGUUGGAAGGUGACAUGUUAAUGUCUUCAGGUUUUUAUUGAUUUCUAGUUCUUACAAAUUGUCGCAUACAGGAAAGAAUACAUUUUAUUCGAGAAAACUACCUUAAAAUAUAAAUCUGAACCAUACAUUUUACUGUCUAGAAGUACUUUUCAAUGAAGACUAAAAUCUACAAGCAUUUUGAAUUACAAUUUAUAAUACUGUGUCAAUUGUCCUUUUUCAAUAGUUUUGCCCCGAUGGUCUUUUAAUUACCAUCGUGUUCUUUUCGCAAGAAUAAAUAUGACUCGGCCAGCAUACAAAUCCUUUCAUUGUUAGACCUUAAAAUCGAGACCUCUUAAGUUCCAAAUUUGCAACGCAAAUUCUGUCAUCUGCAGUAGCUCCUGGCAAACGAACAGUGUAUUAUUAAAAUGAUCAUGCAAUUGACAAGCGAUGUGACAUUUCAGGCCUGAAUUAGCAUCGAAAUGGACACUGUCUAUUGUCAACGAAGGACAAUGUCUCAAAAGUAAGAGCAAAUUGAUUGAUUAAAACUGAUGAAUCAAGAACACGGUUCUAUGAUGGCGAACGACCAUCGAGUCUAUUUAUUCUCCCUCAAUUGGCCAAGUAAACUAGCAAUUCUUAAAGUACAAAAAAUCUCAUCUCUCACAGCUGCCACGUAGAAAGAGCAAACGUUACUAAGACAACAACGAAAAUCAGUGGUAAGACGUUGGUGGUUUGCUCGUGCAUAGGUAAAAUAUAUAGUAUUUAGAACAGUAGCGUUACCUAACUGAGUUCUUUAUUUGUUGCUUAAAGCUACCUUACGCAAAAAUUUUUGUGAUUUCGUAAAAGGAAAGCUGUUGGUGUUGGCCCUUAGCUAAGUUAGUAUUAAUACGUGAAAACCAAAUUUGAAAUUUGAAAUAGGAACUCAGUACUUCAACCAACUAGACAAAACUGUCGAGAUCUUUGUGUGAUUUCAAUUGCAAAACGCUAAUUUGAACGUUGAAAGUAUAUAGCAGACCUUUCUUGUUUUCAACCCUCUUUUUCCUUAGGAUCGGUUCACAAAGCCGUUCAUAUGUAUUCUUCUUUUCGUUUGACAAUGAACUAUCUUGUAGUGUACAUACAGACAUAAUUCUUAAUGGCGUUGCUAUGGCACGUUGUCACGGGCAGGUCGUUAUAAUCGCCUGGAUAAUUACAUGAUAAGAUAUUAACAUUAAUCGAGCCGCUUGAUGGAAACAACUUGGGAUUAGUCGGUUUACAAGGGACUUAAUCCUCUGAGUUUACUCACUGAAACUUUCUUCUAAAUUUAACCUCACUUUGUCAUAUUGUAUUUGCAUCUCACUAAGUAAGCUUUCCCUGAGUCAUCACCAAUUAGUCAAGAUGGAAUUGGUUUACAGGUAACAUGAUUAAAGAGCGGAGAUCCACAGACUCGCUAAAAGUCGAGAAUAGGUUUUUUCAAUAAACGUGUAAUGCACACAAAAGGCACAUGAUUGGUCCUUUGAGACACACGACGUCAAUAGAAUCGCGAGAGUGUUUAAAUACCUUAUUUCACAUUAACAUCAAAACUUGUUGUUUGAGCAGGCCUUAAACGAAAAUAGACGAACAAUAGCGAAUUCAAUGCGAGUGAAAUAGACCCCUCGUUAUCCUGAGGCUGAAAAGAAUCGAUUCGUUUCACCUCAGUAAGCUAAUUUUACGUAUGAUACCAUGAAAAGUGUUAUUGUUGGACUUGUAAUUGAUUUGACUCGCGCGUCUGUGAUCCCUUGAGUGAGUUUACUGUAUUAGUUGGUGUUGACGCGACAAAUUGUUUAUAGAGCUCUGAAUCAAGGGUGACCGGACAAACUGAAUCAGGAUGAAGCCAGACGAUUAACUGAAAGGUGAAAAUGGAAAAAGCUGUGAGGUUCGAGAACAAUGAACAAUCGGACGACGAAGAUGAACUGCAUAACACGGGACAAGUAUCAAAUGGAGGACACAGCAACAGCAAUAGCACAAUAACAGAAGAUAAAAUAAAACACAAACAAAGCACUUUAAAGGACAGCGAUAGCGUGGAAUCUGUGGGAAGGUGGAGAACGGUGACUAAGCAAAUCCGAAACGCGGUGUUUGUCAAAAACUCCGUGAAACCGUCGAGAUCGCGACGGCGGUCAACGGUGAAAUCUUCCGUUACUGUGGAUCCGUUUCUUCAAAAGUUUAGCACUCGAGAUAACAGAAAGGUUACUCCACCAAACCGAAAGAGAUCUAAGGCAUCAAGUAAAAGUUCCUCUACUGAUAAUGUACUCUCAAAGGUGAAUUCCGCUGACGGUUCGCGCCGCGCUACUUUAGAAAUCGAAAAAGAAAUUGACAGUGAAUUAGCAAGUGGCUCUGUAUACGAGUACGACCAAACGAUUCGUUGGAAAGACAAGAAGCCUAUUUUCGAUCCAGAUGGUCUUCAUCUUUGCGUGUGGUUUUAUGUGCUUGUUUUUGCGAUCCGCUAUAACCUGUGGGCAUUGAUUACGAGAAUAGCCUUUCCCGAAGCCCAGACUGGCGUUUUGAAGAUAGUUUGGUUUCUCUUCGACUAUUUUUGCGAUGCCAUUUACGCCCUGGAUAUCGCCAUCGCCGCGCGAACUGGCUUUCUAGAGGAGGGAAUUCUGGUAAUGGACACGAAACGAGUGUAUAAGCGAUACAUUCACUCUGUAGAGUUUAUUGCGGACGUGGUGUCCUUGAUUCCAACUGAUGUUUUGUAUGCCGCAUUUGGACCUCUUCCGCUUCUCAGAGUCAACCGAAUUGUUAAGGGAUACAAAAGCUUUCGUAUUAAAUCCGUCAUGGAGUCACAAGCGAACUAUCCUACUUUCUUGCGCGUGUUCUUUCUAAUGCACCUUAUGUUUCUCCUCAUACACUGGAACGCAGCGUUUUAUUACAUGAUAUCUAGAGCGGAGGGAUUCGGAACUAAUGAAUGGGUUUAUCAAGGGAACGGUUCCCUGUAUCAGCAAUAUCUACAAUCUUUUUACUGGUCCACGCUCACACUGACCGCCAUAGGAGAUCUGCCUCAACCGACCACAAAUCUGGAGUGAGUAUAUGUUUUUCUUUUCAGUUUAAACUCGUACUUUUUAACAUAUAUGUGGCUUAAGUAGCAGGUUUGUGUGUAUGUUUAUUUAGAUGUUGUACUUGGCGUGAGAACCAUGUGAUAAUUGUGGUAUUGGACCCUCAAGUGAGUCGAGUGAAUACAGUAGAUCACACGCAUGGAAAAUUCUGCUUUUAGAAAUUUUCAAUGAAAGAGCGAGCGAUCGCACGUAGUUUUGUUUUUAGAAAAGAUAUGUUAAAUUGAUUAUAUUUUUAGUUUAUUUAUGCUCCUCUUCCGCCGAAGUUGAAUUUUGCACUCAAUUUUACAUAAUCUAAAUAUCCCUGAUUAGCAUUAGGCCUGAAAAUAGCCCGAAAACCCACGGUGAUAGAAACACGUUGCGGUGAGCCGUUAAGGGUUUUAGAGACAGCCUGGAUAUCACAAGAGCGACAAAAGCGACUCCGCUACUCACUGAAGAUGCGUGAAAAUUUAAUUUGCAUUUGUCAGAGCUGGGAAAAUAAAAACCUCUUUUCCCAAAGUUAAUAAAAUACAACGGCUUCCAAUAAACCUAUCACGCGCAUAAGUUGAAAGUUGAAAUUACGGUACUCAGUGAUUGGCCGAGGGGCGGACAAUACAAAGGAUAUCGAGCAUGAGU